AUGAGGCGGUGUCUCUCCCUCCACGGUCUCCUUUUGCUGGUCGUCGGGGCUGCGGUUUGCCUGAGCGGUGUAGCCGCUGUCGUGCUGUGGCAGCACACACUCGUCCAGCCGACACCCAGACAGCCAGCUCUUCCGCCUUGCGACGCCGGCGCCACCGCAGGCUGGUCGCUGACGCUCUGGCGCGAGCACUGCGCCGGCGGCCGCCCGUCCAGCUUCUUCAACGGCUACCGAGCAAAGCGCGGGCGCUCCAUGGCAUGGAACGCGCUCACCCAAAUGCAGCCGCUAAUGCGCGCUGCCGGGAUGCGCGAGCUCGACGAGCGUGGCAGCGACCUGGCCUUGGCGCGGGCAGCGUCACAGCGUGUCGCCGACGCACUUCUGCGCGGCGCGGGCGGCGCGGCGCUGCCAGACGUGGUCAUUGCGCCAAACUGGUACUCGCGUGGUGCGCCUGACUGGCGCCGCUGGCGGCUCAGCCCGCACCAGCGUGUCUCGCGGUGCUGGGGGGUCUACUCGAUCGCAAACAAGGUGCGGCUCGUGGAGACCAUCCAAGCCGCCAGGGCCGCCGCAGUUCUGCCGCUGCUGCGGAGCCAUGCGGAUGGGGACGGGGACGGCAGCGGCGGCGGCGGCGGCAGCGGGUUGCUGCCUGAGUCGUACGUGUGGCGAGAGUUCAGCCACCGGCCCGACUGGCGCGCGCUGCUCGGCCCAGCGGAGGGAGCUUUGCUGCCGCCGCGCCGCUGGCUGAUCAAGCGUGCCGUCCACCGUGGCAAGGUGGACGCCUCCGGCUUCCCCCGACCGCUGCGCGUCUACUUGUACACCGAGGGCUUCGCCCUCUUCGCGACGGACGAGUACGAGAGCGACUCGACCGAGCGGCUCGCCAUCCUCACCAACGCCGCCGUCAACAAGCGCGGCGUCGGCCCCGCAGCAGCGGCGGCGGCCGCGGUUGCGCGCGCGGCGACGAGCACCGAGCGGCGGAGCACUGGCGGCGGCAGCUCGUAUGAGGGGUCGGCGCGCGUGCACGGGCGCGACCCCGCCGCGCUGCACCGCGCCAUCGAGAGGGUCGUGCUGUUGACGUGGGCGGCGGCGGCGCCGCGGCUGGCGGCGGCGGCGGCGGCGGGGCUGAACUCGCAUGGGCUGCGGUACUCGUCGCAGUGGGCGGGGCAGUUCGAGUUGGUCGGAGUGGACCUGAUGCUCGACAGCGAGCUGAACGUCUGGCUCAUGGAGAUGAACGCCUCCCCCUCGCUCGCGACCGAGGAGGCGGCGGGGACGCCAGGGCCGGAGCGAGACCUGCCGACGAAGCGUGCGAUGCUGCGCGACAUGCUGCGGCCGCGUACCCAGAUGCGGCCGAAUCACACCCCCGUCUUCCACCUGCCGCUCGAGGCGACACGGUCUUCUGCUGUACUCAACAGCAGCAGACGUUGGUGUGUGGCAUUCUCUAGGCUCGCCGACGUGCUCCCAGAGGCGGAGGGCGGCGCGACCCCUCCCCCGGAGGCGCUGCUCGCCCGGCUCUACCUCGAAAACGGCGGGCGGGCGCCGCCCCUCGCCCUCCGCCCGGCGGCCGGCGAAGAUGGCGCGGGGGCGUCAUGCCGUCGCCGCUGGCGGCUGGGCGGCUGCUUGGCCUGCCCGCUCUGGGGCGAGAUUGGCGAGAUCUGGAGGUCGGCGGCCGAGGUGCGACGCGCGGGCGGUUUCGCUCCGCUAGCGCCAAGCGAGGACGCGGAGUGGAGCGCCGCGGUCGAGCGAGCGGCGCGCGUGGCCGACGCGGUGGGGGCGGCGGAGGAGCGCGACGCCGAAACCUCGGCGGGCUCAGAGGCGGCGAAGCUCGAGGCGGCCGAGGGCAGUGCUGCCGAUGCUGCGAGGGCCGGUGAGGCGCUCCCAAGCGCGUUGUGGCAGCAGCAGCUGUUGCGCGAGUGGUGGCGGAGACGACCGGCAGAGGGCUCGUGCGCCGACGGCCGCGGCGGCCGUGAGUGCAUCCGCGCCACGUGGGACGCCAUGCUGUGCGACCCGCCACCCCAAAAUAAAUAA